AUGGAGUGUCAGUCGAGCGAUAGUAAAAAAUUAUUUAAAGUAUUCGACGCGUCCAAACGCAAGCGGACGAAAAAAAAGCGUGAUGCCCUCGACGAUAGCAAUUCAGUAGUUACCGACGAGUCUACUGGCAAAAUGACGUCACGUUUUUUAAGCGUGUUUUGCGUGUUGCUCAUGGUGUGCUAUUGCGAGCCGUAUAACUUUUUAGUGAUAAGUCCCAUACCUAGUAGAAGUCACGCUAUUCUCGGAGAUGGCAUUGUGAGACACCUCACUAAUGCGGGACAUCAACGGCUAUUUAAGGACAAGAGUCAAAAAUUUGAUGCCAUAAUAGCUGAAUGGAUGUUCUCAGAGUUGUAUGCUGGUAUACCAGUUAUUUACGAUUGCCCAUUCAUCUGGUUCUCAACUGUGGAUCCGCAUUGGAUGGUGCUCAAGUUGAUAGAUGAGGUGCCCAACCCAGCAUAUGUCCCGGAUAUCUUUUCUUCUGAAAUCCCUCCAUUUUCCUUCUGGCAGCGAGCAAAGCAGCUAUUCACACAGCUUUAUAUGAAGAACCUGUUAUAUCGGGUCACGUAUGACUUGGAACAAAAAUACUACGAAGAAUUCAUAGUACCCCAUAUUAGAGAUAAGAACAAACCUGUGCCUUCGUUGGAAACUUUGAGAUACAAUGCGUCUUUGAUGCUGGGUAACUCUCACCCGUCAAUGGGAGGGGCUGCUCGAUUACCUCAGAGUUACAAGCCAAUUGGAGGUUACCAUAUUGAUACGAACGUUAAACCUCUGCCAGAGGACCUCAAGAAAAUCAUGGAUAAUGCAAAACAUGGAGUAAUUUACUUCAGCAUGGGAUCCAAUUUGCGGAGUGAAUAUUUUCCAAAGGAAUUAAAAGAAGACCUUGUUAAGGUAUUAGGAGAGUUGAAACAGACUGUUAUUUGGAAAUUUGGAGAAGAUUUACCAAAUCGGCCGAAGAACGUCCACAUCGUGCAGUGGGCACCGCAGCAGAGCAUUUUAGCGCACCCUAACUGCGUGUUGUUCAUCACUCACGGUGGUCUGUUAUCGACCACCGAAGCUAUCCACUUUGGUGUUCCAAUGGUCGGUAUUCCAGCGUUUGCUGACCAGUUUAUUAAUAUCCAACGCGCUGCGAGUAGGGGAUUUGCGAAGAAAGUAACGCUCUCGUAUACUAUGGCUGAAGAAAUUCAGGAACAGGUUGAAAGCAUUUUGAGCGAUCCCAAGUAUGCGGCAAGGGCGAAAGAAUUGUCGCUAGUGUACCACGACCGUCCAGUAACACCUGGCGAUGAGCUGGUGCACUGGGUAGAACACGUGGUUAAGACAAAUGGCGCGCCGCAUCUGCGCUCUCCCGCACUUAUGCUGCCCUGGUACCAGAAGCUUUACCUCGACUUAUUUGCUGUUGUUUUAGCAGUUUUUGUAACUAUUUUGCAUUUCAUACGAAAACUGUAUAAAAGAAUAGUUAAAAAAUCUAACAAAAAUAUAGGAAAUAAGAAAACAAAUUAA